AUGACUUGUCAACAUCUUUUGCGAAAAUUCUGGAACGUGGAGAUGGGUGACACGUGGAUUCACUGCCGGUGGUUGAUGCUGCUCUCUCUUACGUCCGCGAUGACAACCGUAACAAUAGCAGCUGAAGAUUCGGAAGAAUUUGAGAGACUAUGUAACCACCCUCGGGAGAUCCCUCACGGCAGUGUGGAGGUGUGGGGCAAUGGCUGGCUGGUGACCUACACAUGUGACCCUGGAUUCGAGGCUAUCGGGGAAGUUCUGGGGGCGUGUAACCUCAAGAACGGCCGCUGGACCAUCGAUCCUCCAUUCUGCGUUGCUAAACGUUGUCCACGGAGUCAUAUGAUGUACGUGACAAAUGGAAGGGCCCAUUUUUUACACGGGGGAGCGGUGGUAAGGUUUUCCUGCUCACCUGGAUAUUACUUGGUUGGUUACAGUGCUAUCCACUGUACGGGGACGCUGUGGAGUGGAAAGAGACCUACCUGUAGAGCCGUGGAAGAUCCGGACAGAGAUAACCGGAGUAAUAACUUGUCCUUACGGGAUCGUCUACGACCCAGAGUGGACAAGUCCAGGCAGAAAUGGGUACAGCUUAAAAACAACCGCACCAGUAUCCAGGAGUCCGAUGACACCUGCAUGUCCAGGAGUUACAAGGUGAAAGUGCCGAAAAUACCUCACAGCACCUCCAAGAUUAGCUACCUGAAAAACCAGGUGAAGCGGUACGAGUGGAUACCUGUGGUGACUUACACCUGUCUGCCUGGCUACAAGCUGGAAAACGAGAAAAACAAACACCUUUACUGUAAGCUCUAUAGAUACGAUGCAGCCAUCUUCCCAAACUGUGUUCCAGAAAUCAACCCCUGUGAUGUGGACCACGGUAACGCUACCUGUCAUCAGAUUUGUAAACCUGUAGAUGUCAACUACACUUGCCACUGCAGGAGGGGAUUCGCUCUGGAUAUCGACGGCGUGUCCUGUAAUGAUAUUGACGAAUGCCAUACAAACCGCGGUAUAUGUGGGCAGAAUGGCUGUCAGAAUACAGUGGGCUCCUACAUAUGCAUGUGUGCACGGCCAGGGUAUAGGAAGAUAAACAACAAGUGCCUGGAUGUGGAUGAAUGUGCGAGUUCCAGAAGCCUGUGCCCGGGACCAUGUAUAAACCUACCCGGAACCUACGCCUGUAACUGCUCGAUCCCGGGCUAUAUCACGACCCCUAACCUACAGUUUUGUGGAGAUGUGGACGAAUGCCUGGAAGCUAAUGGAGGCUGUGAUGACGUCUGUGUGAACACCAGAGGUUCCUACAAUUGUCGCUGUGAAAAGGCCGGCUUUAAGAUGGCCAAGAGCAAAACUCAGUGUGAAGAUAUCGAUGAGUGCCAGCGAUAUAAGGAUAUCUGUAAUGCUGACGGCUACUGUUUCAAUACAAUCGGCUCGUACGUGUGUGAAUGUGCUAAAGGAUUCACCGUCACACCUGACAAAGCCCACUGUGAAGAUGACAACGAAUGCGCGAAAAACAACGGAGGUUGUCGACAAGUUUGUGUAAACACUCCGGGAAGUCACCAUUGCGCAUGUCGGCCUGGAUUUCAGCUUCAUCAAAACAAGACGUCAUGCUUUGAUGUCAAUGAGUGCCUGGAAAACAAUGGUGGUUGUCAAGACCGAUGCUUGAACAGGAUUGGCUCAUUCCGCUGUGUAUGUUUAAAACGAGGUUAUAUUGUAAGUCAAGAUGGAAAGUCUUGCAAAUCUUGCCCUAGGAACACGUAUUACCGUGGCCGAAGACGCACCGGAAAGUGUGUAAACUGUCCAGUCAAUUCCCACACUAAUGGACUAGGGAGAAAAUUCAAACGAAGUUGUAAAUGUGAUGCUGGCUUUCGUGGUAUUCCGGCUAUAGACGUUGACUGUCAAGAUAUUGACGAAUGUCAGAACGCAAACUUUGGUUGUGAAUUUGGUUGUGAGAAUACCCCCGGAAGUGCUCACUGCACUUGCCCGUCAGGCUAUGAACUAACGGAAGACGGGAAGAAUUGUGAUGAUUUGGAUGAAUGUAAGGUAGACAAUGGUGGUUGUGAGGACCUGUGUAUCAAUAUGAAUGGUACUCGGCGGUGUAAGUGUGGACAGCCGGGCUUUGUACUGGCCGAGGAUGGUCAGAAGUGUCAAGAUAUUAACGAAUGCCUGGAGGUGAAUUUCCGCUGCGCAGACAUCUGUAUUAACACAGAGGGAUCUGCGCAUUGUAACUGUUCCCUGGGAUAUUCCCUCGCCAGUGACGGAAAAAACUGUACAGAUAUUGAUGAAUGUAGUGUGCAGAAUGGAGGCUGUGAGGAUAGAUGUCUGAAUAUCGCUGGAUCAUUUCACUGUGAAUGCACCGUGGCCGGAUACAGACUCAACUCCGACAGAAGAUCGUGCGAAGAUAUUAACGAGUGUUACGAGUUGUCCGGGCUGUGUGAAGAUACCUGCAGAAACACCAAGGGGUCGUACACGUGCUUGUGUAGAAAUGAGGGUUUUGUCCUUAGCAGCGACGGCCGUAACUGUUUGGACGUGGAUGAGUGUAAGGAUGGCAUUCUAAAGUGCUCUCACAUCUGUGUGAACGUCGUGGGCAGUGCCUACUGUGGCUGUCCCCAAGGCUACGAGCUUCUGUCUGACAAGAAGACAUGUAAAGAUCAGGACGAGUGCAGCUAUAAAAACGGCCAGUGUGAGCAUAUAUGUGUGAACACCCCGGGAGCAUACUGGUGCAAGUGUCGACAGGGGUACGAGGCUAAUCCCUAUCAGACGUUCAGGUGUCAAGAUACGGAUGAGUGCAGACAGAACAAUGGCGGCUGUAGUCAUAUCUGUGUCAACACCAGGGGGAGCUACUACUGCACGUGUCCGAGCUCCUUCUUCAUGACCAGCAACCGGAAAACUUGCGAAGAGCGCUUCUGCUACAUUCUGGCCAUCCCGACUUUCGGAGACAUGCGCCCCAGCGGUUGCAGCACUCCCCCGGGACCGGGGAUCAAAGUAGGCAUUACCUGCUACUUCAGCUGCCCUAGCGCCUACAAAAUGCUGGGGAGCGAGAGGAGAAAUUGCUUGGCUACCGGAGAGUGGAGCGGGAGCGACACUCACUGUAUAGCCAAGGAAUGUCCCAAACUGUCUAAACAGAAAAAUGGCUUGAUAUUCCCCAAACGCUGUACUCGCUGGAACUCUGAAGUUUCGGAUAAGUGUUAUUAUGGGUGUAAGGCGGGGUACUCCCGGACGGGCAGUGCCUUCACCGUGUGCACAGAGGAUGAGAAGUGGAGUCACCCACCCCCGCGCUGCGUCAAAGGCAUAGUGUCACGAUUCACCUUCUCCACAGUCAUAGCGCCAGCAUUGUUCGUUGAUAAAACGGUUCAUCUUGUCUACAGACAUCGUGUUAUUUCUCGAUAG